AUGAACGGAAACGGUCUACUUCUGCCUGAUGCUAGCGUGCAUCAAGUGAAUUGCGCUAGAGAUGUUAUACAUCUGAUGAAACUUGGUGACGUGAACCGUGCUGUUGGCUCAACUGCCAUGAACAACCGCAGUAGUCGCUCACACAGCGUGCAUCCAGUGAAUUGCGCUAGAGAUGUUAUACAUCUGAUGAAACUUGGUGACGUGAACCGUGCUGUUGGCUCAACUGCCAUGAACAACCGCAGUAGUCGCUCACACAGUGUGCUGACUGUACAUGUGCAUGGUGAAGAUACAUCUGGAAACAUAAUCCAUAGUUGCCUACAUUUGGUGGAUCUUGCUGGUAGUGAACGAGUUGACAAGUCGGAAGUUACUGGCGACAGCCUCAAAGAGGCACAACAUAUUAACAAGUCUCUCUCUUGCUUGGGUGAUGUGAUCAUAGCAUUGGCACAGAAGAACUCCCACAUCCCUUAUAGAAACAGCAAACUCAGCUUACUCUUGCAGAACUCUUUAGGUGGACAUACGAAAACGUUGAUGUUUGCUCAUGUCAGUCCUGAAGGGGAUUUCUUCGGAGAAACAAUUAGUACUCUGAAGUUUGCACAGAGGGUUUUGAGUGUGGAACUUGGUGCAGCUCGUUUAAAUAAAGAGAGCGUCGAAGUUUUAGAGCUCAAGGCAGAGAUCGAGACCCUCAAAAAGGCGUUGGCUAACAAGGAAGUACUAACUCCUCAAACUAACAAACCAAAGGAAGCAUCAAGGAUACCUUUCCAGAAGCCUAAAGCAACAGCUGAGCUUCAGGAAGGAUAUGAUGUCACAAAAUUGUAUGAUCAAGCGGGUAAUGAUAGUUUCAUGAAGACUCCUCCGAGUCCACCUUUUGCUUUUAGAAGCCAGGAUACUCCCCAAACUCUAGCUUCUGGUCUCAAAUACCAGCAAGCUCCUCGGA